AUGGAGCUUUUCCACGAUGAGAUAAUGGGCCUUCCUCUGCUCAUGAGAAUUUGGGUAGAAUACAAUCGGAAUGAAUAUAUAGGAGCAUCUUAUGACGGCCCUUAUUUUGAAAGUGAUAUGGCUUUGUUAGUCGAUACGUCUCAUCCAAUGAUUUAUCCUGAAUUCCAAAAAGGCAUCGAAUGGGCAAAAAAAUCUAUUCAAUCCAAAAAAAAAUUUUGUUUGCAGUUUGACUUUGGUCCUUCCAUUGAAAAUUGGCUGUCAAAUAACUACCCUCAAACCUUUUACACAUUCAAAAUACUGAAGAAUCAUCAAGCACGACUCUAUGUUACUAACUUCUGCAAGCCAAAACAUUGUUUCGACUGCAGCGUGUUGUGGUGUUUUUUAUUGGGACCAUGUUGGCUUUUUUCGGCUCCAUGCUAUAAGUUGUACAGAAAGCUUCAAUGCAAAGAUCUAAUCAUCCAAUUCAACGUUCCUGUCGUCAGGAGAACUGCACUACCCACCGGAGCAUGUAUUGAGCUCUCUAAAUAA